AUGACGAAUCCUUCAAGCGAAGUUAUAUUUAUCGGUCUGAAUGACGAUAGUUAUCAAAAUCUGUUUUUAAAACAAGAUAAGAAAGAUGCGUACCAUGAGCAAACAGUUGAGGACCAUGAUUAUUCCAAUAUUGUUUUUAAAACGGAGAGCAACUUGACUAGAGGCUUGAAACAAAGACAUAUUCAAAUGCUAGCUUUAGUUGGUAUUUUUGGUACAGGAUUAUUUUUAUCUUCUGGAAGUACAUUAGCACUUGCGUAUGUAUUAACAAAAUUUCACUACUUCUAAUUAAGCUUAUUACUAACUGACCAAUUUUUAGAGGAAAUGUGGGUAUGUUGGUAGCUUAUACUUUUGUUGCCUUUGUUGUUGGUUUAAAUCAAAUGGCGAAUGCUGAGGUAUCUACUUUAAUGCCAGUUACUGGAUCCUAUGUCAGACAAUCAGAACAGUUUAUUGAUGAGGGGUUAGGCUUUGCUUUAGGUUGGAUUAACAUUUAUGCCGCCAUUGUCCCAUCUGAGUUAGCAGCUACGGCGGUUGUUAUGACUUAUUGGACAGAAAUUAAUUCAGCUCUUUGGAUUUCUAUAUUUGGCAUUAUAAUUAUUGCUACAAAUUCAUAUAGCGUAAGAUUCUAUGGCGAGGUUGAGUUUUACCUCGGAAUGCUUAAAAUUUUAUUAAUCGUUGGUUUGUUCCUUACAUGCUUGACUAUUGACUUAGGUGGUAUUAAAGGAAAGGAAAGAUUAGGUUUUCGAUAUUGGAAAGAAACUCCUUGGAAUGAAUAUUAUAGCACAGGUUCAUUGGGUCGUUUCCUUGCUUUUUGGAAAUGUGUUUCCGGAGUAGUUUAUUCUUAUGGAGGAAUUCAAACCAUUAGCUUGUAUGGGGGAGAAACAGAACAUCCUCGUCGAAGCAUUUUUACAGCUGCAAAGCGAAUUCGUGUGUAUAAUUCAAAGGGUUUAAUACCGAGCCAGAGGUGUCUCAUAUAUUUAAUACUAACCUAACUUUAGUUGUCCGUGUUUUUACCUUAUAUUUUUUAACAGUAUUUGUAUUAACAUUAGUACUUUCUUCGAAAGAUUCAGAUAUAGUAUCACCAACGGGUAAUGCAGCUGGGUCUCCUUUUGUUAUUGCCAUUAAAAGAGCAGGAAUAAAAGGAUUACCACAUGUUAUAAAUGCUGUUGUUUUGACCUCUGCUUUCUCUGCAGCAAAUUUAUCAAUUAUUCAAGGUUCAAGAUCGCUAUUCGCGUUGGCCUCUAAGAACCAAGCUCCAAGCAUAUUUCUUAAAACAAACAAACAAGGACUUCCAUAUUUUGGAGUUAUAGCAGUGUCUUUGUUUAUUCCGUUGGCAUACAUGUCAAGUUCGUCGAGUUCAUCAACUGUGUUUCUGUGGUUCCAGAACAUUACCUCCUCCAACUUACUUCUAGGCUGGUGCUCCAUCUCUUUAAAUCAUAUAUGCUUGACAAAAGCGAUGAAAGUACAAGGUUAUUCAAGAAAACAGCUCCCCUAUACGUUCAAGUAUGCACCCCAAGCGGCAUGGAUUUCACUAUUUUUUUCAGCAUUAAUAUUGCUAACAAGUGGAUUUUCCAAUUUCUUGCAUGGUAAUUUUCUGAUAUCAUCAUUUUUCAGUUCGUAUUUCGUGAUUCCGUUGUUCGCAGUGUUAUAUAUCUUUUGGAAAUGUUUUAAAGGAACAAAAUUGAUCAAGCCUGAAGAUGUGGAUUUGGCCAGCUUAUUCGCGAAUUAUGAAGAAAACCCUGAACCCCCAUUAGAACCAUUAAAAGGUUUACAGUGGUUGACCUUACUUUGGUCAUAG